CGGAUGUUGAACUUCAUAGAACAUCAUUUUUAGAGCCAUAUAAAAGUCAUUCAAAUGUGACGAGAAUUACUUUGUCAGUAUUUCCCUGCUCGCAAUUGAUUGACUUUUGAGUCGCGCAGUCUAGACGUGUUGAUGAACAGCGAAAACGCGUCUAAUCCUCAGGAAGUUAAUAAAACUAAGAAUCAUGUUCCUACAUUGAUGCUGACUGACGAAAAUUCAGGUGAAGCGUGUAAGAUCACUGUAAAAGAUGAAAAAGGAGAUGAAGUGGAUGUAAGAUAUGAUUCAGAAAAACAACAAGCACGUGGUGGUUGGAAUGGGAAACUGGAAUUCGUUAUGACGUGUAUUGGUUAUGCUGUAGGUCUUGGAAAUGUAUGGCGUUUUCCGUAUUUAUGUCAUAAAAACGGUGGAGGUGCAUUUCUCAUCCCCUAUUGUUUGAUGUUGAUAUUACUUGGGCUUCCGUUAUUUUUUCUUGAAUUCGCAUUUGGUCAAUUUGCAAGUUUGGGUCCUAUAUCAGUUUGGAAUAUUAGUCCAUUAUUUAAAGGCAUUGGUUAUGCGAUGGUCAUUUUAUCAUGGAUACUUGUUGUAUACUAUCAAAUUGUUGUAGCGCAUUGUUUGUACUUUUUAUGCGCUAGUUUUACAAGCCGAUUACCUUGGACAGAUUGCGAUCCAUCUUGGAGUAGUCCGAAUUGUAUGGAUGCAUCUCGUGCUAACUUUACGAAUAUUACAAAUCCUAAAGCUCCAUCAGAAGAUUACUACUUUAAUGAAGUACUUAAAUUAAGCUCUGGUCUUGAAGAAUUCGGUACACCAAGUUGGUCAUUAACAUUAUGUUUAUUGACUUGUUGGAUAAUUUGUGCAUUAGCUGUUAUCAAAGGUGUACAAUCACUUGGUAAAGUGUCUUAUUUUACAGGCAUAUUUCCAUAUAUAAUGUUAACCAUUCUCUUAAUACGAAGUGUACUUCUUCCAGGUGCCAAAGAUGGUGUACUAUAUUAUUUGACACCUGAUUUCUCACGUUUAAAAGAUCCACAAGUAUGGGCUGAUGCUGCUACACAAAUUUUUUUCUCUUUGGGCUGUUGCAACGGUGGUUUGAUAACAAUGUCGAGUUAUAAUAAAUUUAAGAAUAACUGUUGUAGGGAUGCUGUAAUAUUCGCUAUCAUCAAUUGUGCAACUUCUGUAUACGCUGGAUUUGUUAUCUUUAGCAAUUUGGGUUUUAUGGCUUUAACAAAGAAUACAACAGUCGCUGCAGUGGCGACAUCCGGUCCUGGACUCGCUUUUGUUGUCUAUCCUGAAGCGAUGACAAAUAUGCCUCUGCCUAGUUUAUGGUCAGUGUUAUUUUUCAUCAUGAUGUUAACACUUGGUCUUGGUUCACAGUUUUCCAUAUUGGAAACAACCCUAUCCGGCACAGAAGAUGAACUGAGACGAUUAGGUGUAGUGUUGACAACAAAACGUAAAAUGUUCUAUCGAAUUGUUAUAUGCUUUGUUGAUUUCUUGCUUGGAUUACCUAUGGUUUGUGCUGGUGGUUAUUAUUUAUUCUCUAUAUGUGAUAGUGUUAUAUCAGGUUAUACACCUUUGGUUAUUGCAUUAUGUGAAACAAUUGUUAUCUGUUAUGUAUAUGGUUUAAAACAAUUUCGACGUGAUAUUGAAAUGAUGAUUGAUGAACGACCAAAUUGGUAUUGGCGUAUUUGUUGGCUUGUAUUCACACCGAUCAUUUGUUUCUUGUUGAUCAUUGCAAUAUUUAUUUAUUCAACAGAAUUUAAAGAAGGCAAUUAUACAUAUCCACAGUGGGCAUUAAUAUUUCGUCAAAUAUUAGCAGCUAUACCUGUAUUAACAAUCAUUGCAUGGUUUUUAUAUAAAUACUGUAAAGAAGGCGGUUAUGUUUUAAUGAAAGAAUUUUUGAAACCUGUUCAUGAAUGGGGACCGGCUGAGAAAGAAUAUCGUACAGAAUUCAUUUCGAUGAUUAAAUCAAAUGAAUCGUUACAUCGUUCGCGUAUUUAUGAUAUUGGUCCUGGUAAUGCGUCUACAACGAUGACUCAUGCAAUAUCUAGUAGUCAAAUGAAUUUUAAUUUAGGCGGUUCACUUGUCAGUGGAUUAGCUGUUGCCACUGGGGUAAUGGAUGAUACGAAAUUUUUUCAAAGUAAACUAAAAGUAGCUGAAAAACUUACUGAAGCUCAUACAAAGGAAGUGAUAAAACGAGCUGCUAGUAAUGCAGAUUUUGCUCCAUUAGAUCCUAACGUAGCUUUAACAACCAGUCAAACAGUAAGUUUAUGUUAUUAUUAUUAUUAUUAUCAAUUGAGGAAUUUUAUAGUUCACAUCAUGAAAUGACUUUAGACUAGCUAACGACUGAAAACCAGGAGGUAGUGGAUAACUCAUUUGUUCGUAGUAUCCAACAUCUUUACAAUGUAUAUCCAUGACCCACCCAUUUCCACUGGGAUCGAACUCAGAGUUCCCAAUAAUAAUUGUAUAACUAAUAUCUGCUUUUUUUCUUGAACGAUAAUCUAAUACAAAAUAACCCAUAGAAUCAUUGUCUGUAGUGAAGAUAAAACAAAUAUUAACUCCAAUGAAUUUAUUAUCACUGACAGACAGAUAGUUUUGACAUAAUUGACAAUAUAUAUGUACAUGUAUCUCAACAUUGAAUGUCAAUAUUAUCUGAAUUCAUUACACCGUUAACUAGUGUUUAUACUUUUCUUUAAUUAGGCUUCGGUAUUUAUAACUUGGGAACUUUUCAUUUACUGUGUUCCAGUCUUAUUGUGGAUAUCAACACUGAGACUCAGUUAUAUUCAGUAGAUUAAUUACAACUGAGGCGAAAUACACAUCUGGAUUCCACUGUUAUACACAUACCAAACAUAAUGAAUAUUAGUUAUUCAAGUCAUAAAUUUCAAAUCCUAUUUAUUCAAAUGUUAGAAAGUCAGUUUUUUUUCUGAAUUCUUUCUGUUAGGUUUAUAUCAUCAAUUGAUAUGAAGUUUAUUCAAUCUACGCAGCUUUCCUUUAGGUUAUUUCGUUUUAAUCUGGGAUUCUUUUCAACUGAGCAUCAAUAAAUAUGCAUAAGAUUCAUACCUGAGAUGUAAAAAAACGAAACCUAAACAACUUCUAACUGCCCUCAUUUCUCCAUAAAAAACAAAUAAGAACUUGAUAGAAUUUUUUUUCUUUUCCAAAUUCGUUUAUAUAUUUUUAUUUAUUAGGCUUUAGCUGCGGCCAGCUCUGCUGUUAUUCUCAACACAUUACAGAAACAAAUUCCAGAAAAUUCUGCUCAGACGUUUACUUCUAUAAAAUUACCGGAACAAAUUGAACGUGGUGAUGAUGACGAUGAUGAUGAUGAUGACAAUGUUGAUAUUGUCAGAGUUAAACAAAUAGCACCAUCACAUCAGAAACAUGAUUCAAAUGAUCAUCAUCUUCAAUCAACAACACCGCACUGCCUACAACAAAGUCAUUAUCAAGAAGAAAACCAUGAAGUACAUUUCGACAAACUGAAUAAAAUUCAACGUUUGAUUGAUAAAGUUAAAAAUUCUAUUUAAAAUAUUAAAUUGGUUUGAUGAGUUAAAAAGGCGGAUAAAUCUGGAGGUUUCGAAAUAAUAAUAAAAAACUAUAAGAUCUUGUUUGUUUGGAAUUCAUUCUCAGCUUUGCAUGAUUUAUAUUUAUAUAUACUGUUUGUAGUAUUAUUGUUAGAAAUACACUUAAAUAUUGAAUCAUAGAAUUCCAAAAUCAAUUGCUCAAAAGAACAUUUGUACACUUUGUUGUAUAUUGUUAUUUACUCUAUGUACAAGCAUAUUUUUUAAAUAAAGAUCCUUUAUUUCAUGA